GUUCGGUGGAGUUGUUUGUAAGUUGAUGUCUGUCCAGAAGAAACUCCUUCAGAAACUCCUCCGUCUGAAAAAAUGAGCGAUCGACAGCAGCAGAAUGAAAUGGCCGCGUUGGUGGAAAACGACGGAGACUUCCGUAAAAAGCGAAACUCCAACGCAGAGCGAGAAGCCCAGCCACCGUCACCUUUAGCCUUGUUAGCGGCGACUUGCAGUCGAAUGGAUGAGAAUGACGCAGCAGAUCAGCAGAACCUGCUUCAAGACCAUCGGACGGAGUCACAUCAGAGCCAGGCAUCGCACACCACUAACGGCUGGCAGAUCAUUCCUCUGGGGGCACAGACAGGUGUCGGCUCAGGGAAUAUCAUCAAGUCCGGCUCAUUGACGGAGGAUAAAAGCCGGCAUGUGGUGAGCACUGGAGCAGGUGCACCGCCACAGCAGCAGUUCAUAGUAGCGUCUGCGCCGAGUAUACAAGGUCAACAGGUGCUGACCACGAUCUCUGGAGUAAUGCCUAACAUACAGUAUCAAGUCAUUCCUCAGUUUCAGACUGUGGACGGACAGCAGCUCCAGUUUGCUCAAACGUCCCAUGAUGCCUCCGCUGCAGGACCAGGGCAACUUCAGCUCGUCUCCUCACCCAGCGGUGGCCAGCAACUCAUCGCGGCCCCCACUAGCCAAAGUACGGGAGCUGCCAACAUCCUAACUGUUCCUGGUCUUCUUCAGCAGGCAAUUCCUCUUCAAAAUCUGGCUCUGGGCAACACCGUGCUGAACAAUCAGACACAGUUUCUUGCCAACAUGCCUGUGUCGUUAAAUGGUAGCAUCACCCUACUUCCUGUGAGUGCAGGUGCAGCUGCUGGAGCCAAAAGUGACGAUGUUACAAGUGGAACAUCAGGUGUCAGUCAGCAGCUGCUCCAUGCCCAACAGGCAGUGGCUGCUCCAGUCACUGCUGAAUAUCACAGCAGCUCAACCACAUCCACUACGCAAGUCAUGACCUCGUGUAGUGGCGGAGUAUCAUCCCAGAGCAACACCAUGACUGGAGCCACCUUUCAGACCACAGCUGCAGGAAUUUCGGUACAGUCUGAAAACAGAGAUGGUAAGCAGCCCCAACAGCAUCCUCAGGUCCUCAUCCAGCCUCAGCAGAUUUUUCAGGGAGCUCCUGCUCUUCAAGCCAUUCAGUCAGGUGGCGGUCAGGUGUUUGCAGCACACACGCUUUCUCAAGAGGGUUUGCAGAAUUUGCAGAUCCAGACCAUCCCAAAUAAUAGCACCAUUCUGCUGCGCACCGUCGGCCCUAAUGGUCAAGUCAGCUGGCAGCCGGUUCAGCUGCAGAGCCCUGCAGGUGCCCAGAUCACUCUGGCUCCGGUUCCUUCACUUCCACAGCUGGCUCAGACCGGAACAGCCACCACGAUGCAGCUACCAGGCCUUCAGACCAUUAACUUGGGCAACGCUGGACUACAGAUGCAUCAACUACAGGGAGUUCCCAUCGCCAUGGCCAACACUGCAGGUGAGCAGGGUGGUGCUGGGGCGGAGAGUCUGGAGGACUGCACAGUUCUGGAUCAGAGUCUGGAAACGAGCCCGACUCAGCCGAGCCGGCGCACACGAAGGGAAGCCUGCACCUGCCCAUACUGCAAAGAUGGAGAGGGCCGCAGCGACCCCAACAAAAAGAAGCAGCACAUCUGUCACAUCUCUGGUUGUGGAAAAGUCUACGGAAAGACCUCUCAUCUACGAGCACACUUACGCUGGCACACGGGCGAGAGGCCUUUUGUCUGCACCUGGUCCUUCUGCGGGAAGCGCUUCACUCGCUCUGAUGAACUGCAGAGACACAAGAGAACGCACACAGGAGAAAAGAAGUUCUCAUGCCCAGAGUGUCCUAAACGCUUCAUGCGAAGUGACCAUCUCUCCAAACACGUCAAGACACACACAAGUAAGAAAGGUUCUGCGGGUGGUGCUGCGGUGCCCUCCGGUGACGGCGCUGAACACAAUCCAAUCAGUGCAGUGAGAACGGAUCAGCAAGCCCUCAUCACCAUGGAGACUCUGUCGCCAGAAGGCAUUGCACGCUUGGCCAGCAGUGGCAUUAACGUAAUGCAAGUAGGAGAACUGCAGCCCAUUAACUUAAACACCAAUGGCUUUUAAAGAGGCACCAGACACUUAAGCAGGAAUGUAAAACGAAUGGGCUGGAGAUUCAGCCUGAACUUUUCUUAAGUGUCAGAAUGAGGCACAGCUUGCAUCUACCGUUGUUACAUGCACUCUUGGUGCUUUUACUUUAUUGUUUUCUUUUUGUUCCUUUUUUUUUUAUUUUUUUUUUUAUAUAUGUAUAAAUACCCAUUUUCUGUAAGUCAGAUCCGGAGCUGCUCUGCUCAGUCGUGCUGUGGACCUUGUGUGGAGGUGGUGUAGAGAAGGUUGGGUCCAGCUUGGCUCCAGUCCCCUGCUCUGCUGUAGAUGCUCAAGCGCCACAUAUACGAGAUGAGAUCUUGUCCUUUUUUUUUUUUUUUUUUUUUUUUUUUUUUUUGUGUAAAUUCAACACACUCAAGCCAUCAUGCUUUGAUACAUCUGUCAUAGCAAAUAAUUUAAAUGACAGUCUUGCUUUGUUUUUGUACAUAAAUUAUAUUUUUCUAAACAUGAAAACUAUGCGAAUUGAGAGUGCCUUUGUUUUGUCUGUUAUCUUAAAAUAUUUUAUAUUAAAAAAGCUAAUUAAUUCGUGCAAGAGGAAGUUGUUUUAGACCCAUGUGCACCCUGAACUGCACAGAUGAUGAAAGAUGAAGUCUCAAUUGAAGAAGUUACUCCCCAUCACACUCUUCCAUUAAUUAGGAUUUUAUGGCUAAAUAACUUUCACAGCGAAGUUCUGCACUCGUCAUUAGACGUCAAAUAUUCGUGGGUUUCAGUUAAAAGCUGGAUAUAUUCAGGAUUCAAGGUAAAUCAGUCUGUCAAUCUUUUUCUGGCAUUAUUAGAUUAAAUAAGUAGGUGCUAAUAAAGGGAAAUACUCUGAUAAAAAGCAUUUAUAGUGAAUGGAACAUAAACUGCACUUGAAUUUAAAAAAUGUUUCAAAAACUCGACUUCUUUCAUUGCACUUCAGUAAUUUCUGUUUUAAUGAACAUGUAAAGUUUUUUGGGAUUCUGUAAAUCUGUAAUUUGUUUUUUCUUUUUACAUCGUAAAUUCCACAGUACCGAAUGUGAAGAUAACUUGUACUUAAUUCUGAUCUUUGAUCCCUUUGGUGAUCUGAGGAUUUUGAGUCUGAGCUUUUAAUCAGUUUUAUAAUCCUAACCAUUGUGCCAUAAUCUGUACAUUUGCAGGUGGAACAGGUUAUCCUGGCGUAAUUUUUAUGCUAUUUUUAAUGUGUUUUUUAAUGGAAUGUAUGAGGCGGUUGGUUUUCUGUGGCUAAAACAUAAAAGCCAAAAUCUGAGGGGAUAAAAAA